AUGAUCAACGCCGUGCUCGUUUUCAACAACGCAGGCCAACCGCGCCUCACAAAGUUCUACACCCAACUCGAAACCUCCGUCCAACAACGUCUCAUCUCCGAAAUCUUUACCCUCGUCUCCCAUCGUCCAGCCGGAUCCUGCAACUUCUUGCCCCUCCCUCCGCUCCUUGCCAGCUCCUCGACCUCGCAUACGCCCUCGCACGCCUCGACGCCCCACAACGACGUGCCCUCGCUCGUCACCUACCGCCACUACGCCACCCUGUACUUCAUCAUCAUCUCCACGUCGACUGAAUCUCCGCUGGCGCUGAUUGAUCUGAUCCAGGUGUAUGUGGAGGCGUUGGAUCGGCUGUUUGAGAACGUGUGCGAGCUGGAUCUCAUCUUCAACUUUGAGACGCUGCAUGCGGCGCUGAGUGAGAUGGUUGUGGGCGGGGUGGUCAUCGAGACGCAGCUGGAGAGGGUGGUAGAGGGGGUGAAGCAGCAGGGGCGCGUGGCGAAGCGGCCCGUCAACGAGGGGAGGGGAGGGGGUAUGGGGUUAGGGAGUGGGGGGUUUGGAUGGGCUGUCAGGUGA